CGAAUUUGAUGUUAGUUUCGUUUGGGUAAUAAGGUGGUUAAUAUUUUGUUCACUAUGUUGUACAAAGUACUGAUUUUUAAUUUUCUGGGUUGUUUAAUAUUUUGUUCGCAGUCCGCCUACUCUCUAGAUAUCAAGGAUUGUGGUUCGUAUUUUUCGUUCGACGAUAUUGAGGUGGAGGGAUGUGAGGCAGAUUAUGUAGCAUGUACUUUAUACAUUGGACACACUCUGAACAUAUCGUUUACGAUAAACACUGGUAAGGGCAAGGGAACUUUUAAUAUUGACGCGGAUUUAAUCAAUGAUGUUGUUUUUAUCGUUAGCGGAGGACCCAAAUUCAACCUAACAGCAAGCCCAGGGAACCCAUGCGAGGUCCUAACAUGUCCACUUGACAUAAAUUACAAGGCUACCUACGAGGGUUAUAUUUACGUAGAUACAAAAUAUCAACCCUUGGGUAACGCUUACCUGCAAUGGAUUAUGGAAACUGCGGAUGAAGAAGAACAACUUUUGUGUUUCCAGUUCCCAAUAACUUUGCAGUACUUAGAUUAAAGUUAAGCUGAACUGCCUGGUAUCAAAAACAAAAAAAAAACUGUUAAAAAAAGCAAACAAAAAAAAACUAAAACACCGAUGUUAAUAUUUUUAGCAAUGCUAGUGCUAUAUGUUUAUCGUAUUUAUUUAUUUGUGUAAGGUUUAAUAGUUGUCCAAAAGACUGUUUUGUUCACUCUAGUAAAAAAGAUAUUACAUUUUUUGACUGAGUGAGUAAUAAAAUUAUUUUUAUACAUUUA